AGAGUUCAGAUCUCAGUGUGCAGUGUAACAGAGCGGAUCUUUAGUUCUGGGUUUGAAUAUUAUCAUUAAUAAUGAGUGUUAAUUUCAGUCAGUGUAAUUCAGUGUUAAUCACUGGAGGGAACAGAGGACUGGGACUCCAAAUCAUCAAACAUCUAGUGAGCAUCACUGACAGACCCAAAAAAAUCAUCUCAACCGCCCGAAACCCUGCAGCAGCUCAGGAGCUGCAGAAACUCGCUCAGUCUCAUUCUGAGGUUUAUAUUUUACCUUUAGAUGUCGUUAACGAGGCGAGUAUCGAAGCUGCUGUAAAGGAAGUGGCGUCCAUCGUGGGUCCGGCGGGGCUGACCUGUCUGAUCAACAAUGCAGGAAUGGCCAUUCAUGAUGACAUAAACACUAUGACGCGUGACACUAUGCUAACCACGUUCCAGUGUAACGCGGCCGCUCCGCUCUUCAUCACUAAGGCGUUCUUGCCGCUGUUGCGAGCGGCUGCAGCAUCAGUCGGUGUUGGCAGCAAGAUGGGGGUGCACCGAUCCGCCGUCAUCAACAUGUCCUCCAUUUUUGGCUCCAUCCAGGAGAACAGCGGUGGAGGAGAGUUUGCCCAGUUUAGAGUCUGCUCAUACCGAGUGUCCAAGACGGCCCUGAACAUGGCGACGAGGUGUUUAGCGAUCGAGCUGCAGUCGGACGGGAUCCUGUGUGUGGCCGUUCAUCCCGGCUGGGUGAGCACCGAUAUGGGAGGAGAGCAGGCACCCUUGACUCCGGAGGAGAGCAUCUCGUCCCUGCUGGCCGUCAUCUCUAAAAUGAGUGAGAAGGAUCACGGGGAAUUUUUGGAUUAUGAAGGGAAUCGGGUCGCCUGGUGAAUUUUACAGUCAGCGGGCGGAUGAAUGAAUUGGUUUUCUGAAACACUGGGUUAGGUUAUGAUUAUUCAUUCAUCCUGGAGAUUUGGAGAUAUUUGUGUGGUGGGUUCAAUAACUUAGAUAUUAAAUAAUAUUACAGAGACACAGAAAAUCCUGGUUUGUGAUUGGCUGGCAGGGUUGACGGGUGCAAUCGUUUUUUAUAUAACAGGGCAGCAAUAAAAUAGAUCCAAUCAAAAGUCUAAUCAUGGUUUUAAAUCAGUCUGAUGAAAAUAUAAAUGUUAGUCAUUACCACUGAUGGUCUGUAACUCUAAUCUGACCACAUUUUUCAGUAACGAGUAAUCUAACGCGAUACUAUUUCCAAUCCAGUAAUCAGAUUAAAGUUACUUAUCCAAGUUA